UUUUUAUACACAUGGGAUAUUUUUGUGAAUCGAAAUCAUUUUUCUCAAAAAAAUGAUUUUAUCAAAACCAUUAAUGACAUCAUUAAAAUGUCAUAGAUUAUCUUAUCUAGUUUAUUAUUCUUCUAGACCACUUCCAAUAGUCAACCGUUUUCAAAAUCAAUCAUGGCAAUUCGGUAAUCAAAGGCUGAAACUUAUCGAUUAUCCUUUUAAAAAUGGUUCGAAUUUAUUCAUUAUAAAACGAGAUUUUAGGCCACCAAAUUCCUAUGUCAAACAUAAGGAAAGUUAUUUAGGACAAGCAUUAGACAAAUUUUUGCUUACUUCAGCUCUCGUGUUUUUCCUCGCAUUACUCAUCGAUUUUCGAUAUAUAUGGGAUGAACUUAUUCCUCCUAAAAUUCGUAAUCUAGUCGAAAAACCAUGGUCACUAAUGAGAGAAUGGGCUAAAAAUAAUCUUCCUAGAAGAGCGAGAGGAUUAGCCCAAAAUGAAUGCAGAUCUACACCAGAAUCGGAAACAUCUAAAAGUGAAAAAAAUGUUGAAACCAAUUACAAAAUUCUUGAUUCAAAUAUCGUUCAUAAUUUAAUGGCCGUAUUUAAUUUCAAUGCUAAUGAAAUUCGUGCUGAUGGUUUUCGUAAUAAACGCAUUAUAGAAUAUGAGAAUCGUAUUCGUCAUUAUUCAAAUCCGGAUAAAAUAUUUCGAUAUUUUGCCACUGUAAAAAUUGUUUACAAUUCAAAAGAAUCAGAAAUUCUUAUGACACCGGAUGAUUUUCUUCGUGCAUUGACACCCGGUAUACAACAGCCCGAAGGUUUAGGCCUUGAUCAAUUCAAAGUGAUCGAUAUGACCAAAUCCAACGGUGAUGAUUUCCAAUCGCUUUUCAAUCAUCAGUUAUUAUCCUCCUGCAUCUCAGGAAAACAAGAUUUUCAAAAUAUCCGAUUAAAACCGGAUAGUAUAUUCUAUAAACUAAGCCACAAUGGAUUGAUUAAUUUUCCGGAUUUUCUAUUCCUUUUAACUGUUAUAUCAGUUUCGCCUCGUAAUUUUGAGAUUGCAUUUCGUAUGUUCGAUUUAAAUGAUGAUGGUGAAGUUGAAUAUGAAGAAUUUGCCAAAGUUCAAAAUGCAAUACUUGCUCAGACAAGUGUUGGUAAAAAGAUGGGCAAAUGUAUCCGUUAUAAAGGAAUCAGUUCGGCCGUAUCGAAAUAUUUUUUCGGCAACAAUCUUGAACAACGAUUGACAAUCAAUCAUUUCCUACAUUUUCAGGAGACACUUCAGAAAGAGUUGCUUACACUCGAGUUUGAACGAAAAAAUCCCGAUCCUAAAACCGGUAAAAUAGCCGAAAUUGAUUUUGCUGAUCUAUUGGUUGCAUAUGCAUUAUUUUCCGAAAAGAAACGAUUACGAAUGAAUAAACGUGUGAUGAAAAAAUUUGUUUAUGACCAUAAUAUCAAAUCAUCCGGUGUAUCAUUUGAUGAUUAUUUGAAUUUUUUCCGUUUUCUGCAACAUAUUAACGAUGUAGAUAUUGCAUUAGCCAUCUAUCAUAUUGCUGGUGCAUCGAUCGACCAGGCAACAUUAAAACAUGUGGCGAAAACUGUUGCCCAUGUUCAUCUAUCUGAUCAUUUGAUCGAUUUAAUCUUCACAAUUUUCGAUGAUGAUGAGGAUGGCCAACUAAGUCAUAAGGAAUUCAUUGCAAUCAUGAAAGAACGAUUACGUCGCGGCCUUUCAAAACCCAAGGAUACAGGAUUCAUGCAGAUAAUGCAUACUGUCUGGAAAUCAUUAACUUCAUUUGAAUAAUGAUCGAGAAAGACAAUCAUCGUUUAAAUUUGAUUGUUUAUUAAGAUUUUGUAUUAUAAUUAUCGAAUGUAAAAACGAAAAUCUAAUAUGAAAUCG